AUGUCGUUCAGCAUUGAAAUUGCCAAGGAUGAGGACUUGCAUGAGUUGAUGGGAGUCUUAUGGACAUGCUUCGAAAACCCACAUCAAGGGAUUCUGCGUCUCUUCUUCCCCAUUCUCAAUGAUGACCGAGAAGGCAGUCUGCGUGCGGCCAGUGAUGGCCAACGCGAGGAAUACAAAGAAGCGUACCCCGAAUUGAUCUGGCUGAAAGUGAUUGACGACGAGACGGGCAAGAUUAUUGCCGGCGCAAAAUGGUACUUUUAUGAACGCAAUCCAUUUGCCGCAAAACCCGGGGAUCCUCACGGCCAUGAUCCUUUGACUGAAGAGGCCGUUUGGUAUCCUGAGGGAGUUGCGAGACAAUUCGCUACGUCGGCGAUGCAUGCUUUCGAAAAGCCGAGGGUUGUAAUGGGUCAACGGCCUCACUCAUUUCUCAACAUUAUAUUUACCCUUCCUGAACACCAGCGGAAAGGAAUAGGACGAGCAAUCCUUGGCUGGGGACUUGCAAAAGCCGACAAACUUGGCCUCGAGUCAUGGCUUGAUGGCUCCGUCUUUGGAUUUCCGUUAUACCAAAGCGUUGGUUUCCUGACAUAUGGAUCCAACAACGUUAGUGUCAAAAUGCCCGACGAUUACUCCGAGCAACAGCAAGCUGAAUGGGAACACUACAAGAAGAUAAUCUUGCCAAUUGAGCAUGCUGUGAUGUGGAGGCCAACAGGAGGAAAAUUUGUUAUUGGUGAGACAGUCACGCCAUGGCUCCAUUGA